UGGGUGAUAGGAUAUCAUGGUAUAAGAGGCGUCAUCUUCUGCUUAAAACCCAUUUCAUUUCCCUACGCCUCGCUUCUCCCUAAUCCUAAAACCUUAUCUCUUCUUCUUCUUCACCAUGGACCCUGUUUCUGAAACCUCUCUUCCUCAAACCCUAUCUUCUCUUGUUUCUUCUUCUUCUUCUACUACUUCUCCCCAAACAACUGAACCCAACUUCGUUAACGGCGUCAAUGACGGCGGCGCCACUUCCGACUCCGACGGUUUCGUUAGCGGUGAAGACGACACUGAGCCUACCAGGCCUGUUCUUGUGUCUCCAAGUGCCAAUUCCGCUGGUGCCAAGUCCGCCGUCGUCGACCCUUCCGAUGAUGACGAGGAGACUCUGAGGCCUGUCGCCAAGGUGUCGGCGGACGACGAGGAUGACGACGACGAGGAGGAGGAUGAAGAGGAGCCGCGCAGCGAGGUUUCUGAGAAUGAGAAAUUCGGUGAGGCGGUGGGUGAGGGUUAUGUUAGCGAUGUCCCCGAGGAGGUGUUUGUGGAGGCUGACGAUAAGGGGUUUGAGAGCGGUGGUGAAGGGGUUGAGGUUGUUAGAGAAGUAGGCGGUGAGGGUGGUGGUGGUGAUGGUGGGACUGGUAAUUUGGAUUCUGUGGUUGAAGAUUCCAGAAAUGAUGAUGAUGAUGAUGGUGAUAAGGCUGAGUCUGGUGAUGGUGGUGGGGAUUCCCUUGUUGAUACCCUUCAAGUCAAUGUGUUGGGGUCUGGGGGAGUUGCUGUUGUUGGGGAUGAUGUGCAAGUUGAGGAGUCUGAGAUUAAAGGGGUGGAGGCUCCUACUGGGGUGAGUCUGGAUAAUGGUUUUGAUCCAAUUGAGAAGGGUGUUGUUGAUGAGGUUGCUGCUGGGGGUGGUGAGACUGGUAAUUCGGACUCUGUGAUUGCGGAACCGGGAAAUGAUGAUGAUGAUGAUGAUGAUAAGGUUGAGUCUGGUGGUGGUGGUGUUGAGAAUGGUGAUGGUGGUGUAGUGUUGACGAGUGGCGGAGACUCACUUGUUGAUACCCUUCAAGUCAAUGUGUUGGGGUCUGGUGGAGUUGCGGUUGUUGGGGAUGAGGUGGAAGUUGAGGAGUCUGAGAUUAAAGGGGUAGAGGCUCCUAGUGGGGUGAGCCUGGAUAAUGUUUUUGAUCCAAUUGAGAAGGGUGUUGUGGAUGAGGUUUCUGUAGGGGAUGCUGAGCCUAAUCAAACUGUUGACACUGGGAUUGUUGUUGAUGAGAUUGCUGUAGGGGAUGCUGAGCCUAAUCAAACUAUUGACACUGGGGUUGUUGUUGAUGAUGAUGAUGAUGAUGGACAUGUGCAGAAGAAUGACACUGAUCCUCCUCUUGAGGAGGGUGGAGGUUCAGAACCUGUAAUCCAGGUUCUGAAGGGUGAGCAAGAUGGUGUAAACUUGGAGGGUGAUGAUGUUGUUGAAGAGGAAUCUGGGAGCCGUGUUGAGGCUUCUGGUGAGGGUGAUGAGGAAGAUUAUCAUCAUGUUGAGAGAGAGAUUGAUGGUUCAGUGUCAGAUGGGAAGGGUGAAGGAAUGUUCUUUGGAGGCUCUGAGGACGCUGAUGAGGACAUGGAGGAGCUGGAACAGGUUUUGAGGGCUGGUGAGAGUUCGCGGGAUGAGAGAAUUGAUGGCCAGAUUGUUACUGAUUCAGAUGAAGAAGCUGACACUGAUGAUGAAGGGGAUAGGAAGGAGCUGUUUGAUACUGCUACAUUGGCAGCUCUUUUGAAAGCAGCAUCAGGAGCUGGACAUGAUGGUGGUAACAUCACAAUAACCUCUCAAGAUGGAUCAAGGCUUUUCUCUGUGGAGCGCCCUGCUGGCUUGGGACAAUCUCUCCAGUCAGGUAAACCUGCCAUUCGAUCGAAUCGGCCCAAUCUUUUUUCGAACUCCAUUAGUAGAGCUGGUAACAAUUCUGAUAUCAACUUGAGUGAAGAAGAGAAAAAGAAACUGGAGAAUUUGCAGCAACUUAGGAUAAAAUUCUUAAGACUGGUUCAUAGACUAGGUUUUACUACUGAAGAUUCAAUGGCAGCACAGGUGCUGUACCGGUUGACACUUGUUGCCGGGAGGCAAACUGGUCAAUUUUUUAGCCUAGAUGCUGCAAAGGAGAAGGCUUUCGAGCUUGAAGCUGAGGGAAGGGAUGACUUCAAUUUUUCCAUAAAUAUACUGGUUCUUGGAAAAACGGGUGUGGGCAAGAGUGCUACAAUAAACUCAAUCUUUGGUGAAACGAAGACUAGCUUCAGUGCAUAUGGUCCUGCUACUACUGCUGUGACAGAAAUUGUUGGGGUGGUUGAUGGAGUGCAGAUAAGGAUCUUUGACACACCUGGUCUGAGGUCUUCUGCAUUUGAACAAAAUUUCAAUAGGAAAGUCUUGACUACGGUGAAGAAAUUGACAAAAAAAUCUCCCCCUGAUAUUGUCCUGUAUGUGGAUCGUAUGGACCUGCAAACUAGGGAUCUGAAUGAUCUGCCGUUGUUAAGAACAAUUACCAGUACCCUGGGUCCAUCUAUAUGGCGAAAUGUUAUAGUUACUCUGACUCAUGGUGCCUCAGCUCCUCCAGAUGGGCCAUCAGGUUCCCCAUUGAGUUAUGAUGUAUUUGUUGCUCAAAGAUCUCAUAUAGUUCAGCAAACUAUUGGGCAAGCUGUUGGCGACGUACGGCUUAUGAAUCCCAGUUUAAUGAAUCCAGUUUCUCUUGUUGAAAACCAUCCCAAUUGUCGAAAAAAUAGAGAUGGCCAGAAGGUGCUUCCUAAUGGUCAAAGCUGGAGACCCAUCCUGUUACUCUUGUGCUACUCAAUGAAGAUCCUCUCUGAAGCUGGCAACCUUUCAAAAGCUCAAGAAUCAUUUGACCAGCGCAGGCUGUUUGGUUUCCGAACCCGCUCCCCACCACUUCCAUACUUGUUAUCUUGGCUGUUGCAGUCACGUCAGCACCCAAAACUCCCUGCUGAUCAAGGUGGGAUUGACAAUGGGGAUUCUGAUGUUGAAAUGGCUGAUUUGUCUGAUUCUGAUCUAGAUGAAGAUGAAGAUGAAUAUGACCAGCUCCCACCAUUUAAGCCUCUGAAGAAAUCUCAGAUUGCAAACCUUAACAAAGAGCAGAAAAAAGCAUAUCUUGAGGAGUAUGAUUAUCGGGUGAAACUUCUACAGAAGAAGCAAUGGAGAGAGGAGCUGAAAAGGAUGAAAGAGAUGAAGAAAAAAGGUAAAACUGAUGUUAGUGAUUAUGGCUACCCGGAAGAGGAUGAUCCAGAGAAUGGAAGUCCUGCUGCUGUGCCAGUUCCGUUGCCUGAUAUGGUCCUUCCACCAUCCUUUGACAGUGAAAAUCCAGCCUAUAGAUACCGUUUCUUAGAACCAACUUCUCAGCUUCUUACAAGGCCAGUCUUAGACAGCCAUAGUUGGGACCAUGACUGUGGUUAUGAUGGUGUAAACAUUGAACAAACUCUUGCCAUUAUCAAUAAAUUCCCAGGAGCUGUUACUGUUCAGGUAACAAAGGAUAAGAAGGACUUCAGCCUCCACUUGGAUUCAUCAAUUGCUGCAAAACAUGGAGACAAUGCAUCAACCAUGGCAGGAUUUGACAUUCAAAACAUUGGAAAGCAGCUAGCCUACAUUGUUAGAGGAGAGACAAAAUUUAAAAAUUUCAAAAGAAACAAAACUGGUGCUGGGUUCUCUGUGACGUUUUUGGGUGAAAAUGUGUCUACUGGGCUGAAAGCUGAGGAUCAGAUAGCUCUGGGGAAACGGCUGGUACUAGUGGGUAGCGCAGGGACAGUGCGGUCUCAAGGUGAUUCUGCUUAUGGUGCGAAUCUUGAAGUGCGUCUUAGAGAGGCAGAUUUUCCAAUUGGCCAGGACCAGUCUUCAUUGAGCCUUUCUCUGGUGAAGUGGAGAGGAGACUUGGCUUUAGGGGCCAAUCUUCAGUCCCAAUUUUCUCUUGGACGAAGUUAUAAAGUGGCGGUUCGUGCUGGAUUGAACAACAAGUGCAGUGGACAGAUCAGUGUGAGAACAAGUAGCUCGGAGCAGGUUCAGAUUGCGCUUCUUGCUAUUCUUCCAGUUGCCAGGGCUAUCUAUAAAAACUUCUGGCCUGGGGCUAGUGAGAAUUAUUCCAUCUAUUAAGGUGUUCUUUUGCUUAUUUUGCUAGUUAAGUUGGGUACGAGUUAGUCAUAUCAAGUUGCUUCAAUUCAGGAUUUUAUCAAAUAAUGUGCUCAUUUUGUUUCGAGUCUAUUAGAUCUCCUGCUACAUUUCAUGCAUUUAUGUUCCUGAAUACUGAAGUUGAGAUGGAACCUACAGGGAAUUUAUUCAUGAUUGUUUCAUUAGUUUCUAUUCGAAUAAUGUCAGAUUAUGCUGUUAUUCA